AGAAGCGCAAACCAAACAAACAAAUCUCACUCUUACCAUAGCAUAUGCGUCACAUGGGUUUAAAUGCUUUAUAUGCUAUCCAUAAUACUUUAUGUUUUGAAAGGGAAACUAUUUGAAAAUAAAUGCAAUUUUUGUUUUCUCUUGAUUAAAGAUUACAAAUUCGAGUUUUCUAUGUAACAAAAAAAGAAAUGGUCAGCAGUAGCUUUCGCUGAGGGUAAAAUUUCAUAAUCUUUUUACUAUUUUAGUCUUUAUUGAUUUAAAGCAAAAAAGAUUAUAAACCGAAGGUUCCUUUAACCAAACAAAAGUUAUAUAGCCAAGUUUCAGUUUCACACUUCCCUAUAUUAACACUCUUUUUUUUUCCCAGAAUCAUUUAUAUCAUUCAUAGUUUCUGUUCCUUCUGCAUUUCAUUUUUGACUGUUAGUUGAGUUCUUUCCCCUCUUUGUGUUUGGUUUAAUGAUAUGAACAAGAGAUAUGAAUCUUGUCUUGAAUAGGAAACAUGAGAUCUUUAAGCAGUGUGGGACUUGCUCUAAGCAUAGUCUUUGGUUGCUUGCUACUAGCUCUUCUCGCCGAGCUAUAUUACUUGAUCUGUUGUAAGAAGAGGAGGAGGAGACCUAAUCUACGAAAUGACUAUUCUACCCCUGCAACCAGAAAACUUCUCUUCUUCUGUUGCUGCAGCACUAACCCUUCUCCUUCUUCUAGCCCUAAACCUAAUGAAACUCAACAGCAAUGUCUUCCUCCUGAUGAUGGGUUUGGGAACGUGGUGGGUCCAGGGCUUGUGUCGAGGUUUUUGUUCACUAUCGUGGAGGAAACAGUAGAGGAAAUGGAAUCUGAAGAAGGUGUUUCCACGAAAGGAAAGAGUUUGAACGAUUUGUUUCUAAAUAUGGAAAGUGGUUCUUCUCCUCCGUAUCUCACUCCUCGUGCUUCUCCUUCGCUCUUUACGCCUCCUUACACUCCGUUAACAGAGUCUUGUAACGGCAGAAAAGAAGGUUUCUUCGAGUCACCGACUGAUGCUGAGUUUAACAGGCUAGUGAGAUCAUCAUCACAUUCACCAACAUCAUCACCAUCGUCUUUGCCGAGAUUUAAGUUCUUGAGAGACGCAGAGGAGAAGCUUAACAAGAGGAAAGUGACGGAGAUUGCAGAAGCUGAAGAAGUCAGCAAAGGCUUAAACUGAUAAGAGUCAGAUUUUAAAGAUGAAGUUUCAACAAGAACAUGACAAAAAGACAAGAGACUCAUGAACAGACCAAGUGGAGAAUCUCUUUCCCCUUCAGGUUUUUGUCCAAUACUUUUUUACUAUCCAAGUGGCAUCAUCAACACCACUUACUCGUUCUUUACCAUAUUGACAGUUAAAAAUGUGACCCUUGAGGGGAAUGUAAAUAAACAAAUCAGAUUCCUGAGGCUGCAAGAAGUGGUAACCCUAGCUCAGGGCAUAGUGAGCUGAGCUCAAAUCCGGUUACUCCAUAUAAGAUCUUCUGCGUCAUCAUAUAAUCUUCGUCUUCUUCCUCCCAGUCGAUUGCUCCUCCGUGCACAGCAGUUUCUGACAUCGCGACUGUGCUUAUCGCAAAUAAUCACUUGUGAUAAGCAAAACAACACGGAGAGAUUGGUCAACGAAUCUGGAAACCCACUUGGACUCUCUCGCUCUCGCCUGUGUUUUGCUGAAAGUCGAAACAACAGGGUGUGACGUUGUGAAAACAACGAACGACGCGUUGUUUUUUGAGUAUACUUUUUUUGAAACUAUUCUAAUUUGGAAACUUUUCUUAAUCAAAAUUAUAUUAUUUGUUCGA